CGCGGCUACUACAGUGUCGAGACGGUGACGCUGCUUCUCCUCUACAAGCUACGAUACCCCCAGCGACUACAUCUUCUCCGCGGCAACCACGAGUCGCGUCAGAUUACGCAGGUGUAUGGCUUUUACGAUGAGUGCAUUCGCAAGUAUGGCAGCGCCAACGUCUGGACGAUCUUCACUGACUUGUUUGAUUACCUGCCUCUGACGGCGUUGGUCGAGAAUGAUAUUUUUUGCCUGCAUGGCGGUCUCUCACCGACGGUCGACACGUUCAGUCAUAUCCGCAAUCUCGACCGUGUGCAGGAGGUGCCGCAUGAGGGGCCCAUGUGCGAUUUGCUGUGGUCGGAUCCGGACGAUCGCGAUGGCUGGGGCAUCAGUCCCCGCGGCGCCGGCUUCACCUUCGGCCAAGGAGUCACCGAAGGUUUCUGCCACAACAACAAAAUCAAGACAAUCGCCCGUGCACAUCAGCUCGUCAUGGACGGCUACAGCUGGACGCAUCAGGAUCAGCUUGUCACAAUCUUCAGCGCGCCAAACUACUGCUACCGCUGUGGGAACCUCGCCGGUCUUCUGGAGCUGGACGAGCACAUGAACAAGUGCUUCUUUCAGUUCGACCCGGCACCGCGACGCGGUGAAGCGCAGGUGUCCAAGAAGACACCCGACUAUUUCCUAUAG